UGGGAAACAUGGGUAAUCUGGUACCUUUGCCCUUUUCCUUCAAGCGCCAGAGUUAUUCAGCUCGUCUACAUUUCAUUUUCUUCGUUUCUUGUAAUUGCGCCACUGUUCUUCGUUGGCAGCGAAGAACUACGACGAUGAGCUCUGGUUUUGAUUCCUUCGUUCGUCUGAAUAUUGGAGGCAAGAAAUUCUGCACAACAGUUGACACAUUGACUCAACGUGAACCUGAUUCAAUGCUUGCAGCGAUGUUCAGUGGCCGCCAUACGGUUAGUCAAGACCCUGAAAAGGGGUUUGUCUUUGUUGAUAGGGACGGGAAGCAUUUUCGUCAUAUUCUUAAUUGGUUGAGGGAUGGUGUUGUUCCCACACUGGAAGAUUCAGAAUAUCCAGAGCUUCUGCGUGAAGCAGAAUACUAUCAACUACUUGGAUUAGUUGAGGGAAUCCAUGCAGUUUUAAAUAGGAGGAAGGAUGAUGAUGAUGAUGAUGCUAAAACUGAUGUGACUGAAUUGACUCGCACAGAUAUCAUCAAAUGUAUACAAUCUGAGAGAGUCAGAUUUAGAGGGGUGAAUCUUUCUGGCCUUGAUCUCUCUAAACUGGAUCUGUCAUUUGUUGACUUCAGCUAUGCAAGCCUCCGAAAUGUCUUCUUCUCGGGUGCAAAUCUUCAAUCUGCAAAAUUCCGGGAUGUUGAGGCUGAAGGAUCCAAUUUUCUCAACGCAAUUCUGCGUGAAUGUGAAUUUACCGGUGCAAACCUUCGUGGUGCUGUAUUAGCUGGUGCUAAUCUCCAGAGUGCAAAUCUACAGGAUGCCUGUUUGAUAGACUGUAGCUUCAAUGGGGCAGACCUCCGCUCAGCACAUCUUCAGACUGCUGAUCUUACCAAUGCCAAUUUAGAAGGAGCGAAUCUAGAAGGAGCCAAUUUAAAGGGAGCAAAGUUGAGUGGUGCUAAUAUGGAAGGUGCAAAUCUUCAGAGGGCUUACUUAAGGCAUGUUGAUCUACGUGAUACUCAUUUGGUGGGUGCAAAGCUUGGUGGUGCAAAUUUGCUUGGAGCAAUCAGGUGAGAUGGAGGGAGCCUUAUUAGAUUCAAUUGCAGAUAAAAUUGGCACUUGUAUGUGUAUCCUGAUAUUUGUUCUUAGAUUAUUUCUUUCUUUUGUAUGUGGCACUCUACUAAACUAUAGAAUAGGAAA